AUGCUGCUGGAAAAGUUGAACAAUAUCGAACGCAUGGUGCUGGAGCUUCAAUACGGACAGCACGAACUGCAGGAGCAGAUGGUAAGCAACAAGGCAUCUCAAAAGAAGACCUUUGCAGAUGUCCAGUGGGCAGUGAACCGUUUGGAAGACCGUUUAGUGAAAGAUGUCGGGCGUAACUUGACCGUACUUCAAGAUCAAUCAAUGCUGAUUUUAGAGCAGCAAACUUCUUGCUCGAGUCAUUAUCAGUUGCGAGAAAAAAUGUUCAAGUUAACGUCAAUGGACAACCAAGAAUUGGUAGCACCACUGGAGGGGACUAGAUCGCUGUACAACUCGCGAUUGCUAAACUGUAUCAGCUCAUCUCACCGGGAAAUUAACAAACCAGCAACGUCUAUAAAGCCAACUACACCGAUUACUACAACAACAACAACAACAACAACGCAAAGAACAACUAUCCCAACAACUACUACUACCACUACCACCACUACGCCGAAACCUAAGCAACCUCCAUUCACAUCGUGCCAGGAUGUUCCGUGCCAAGUGUCGGGAGUGUAUCUCAUCAAUGCCAACGAUGCUAGUACACCAUUCAAAGCGUAUUGUGAGCAGGAAAAGUUUGGAGGCGGUUGGCUCGUUGUGCAACAUCGGUUCGACGGGUCAGUUGAUUUUUACCGAAACUGGACCCAAUACCGGGACGGUUUCGGUGAAGUUGAUAAGGAGUUCUGGCUGGGGCUGGAAAAACUGCAUCAAAUAACGACGGCCCGUAAACAUGAAAUAAUAUUUGAGAUACGGGACUUUGAAGGUGAUUACGGGUACGCCCGUUACAGUGCGUUUCAAGUAGGUAGCGAAAGUGAGCAAUACCGACUUAAGACCCUGGGAUCGUAUAGUGGAAAUGCAACUGACUCAAUGACGGAUUACAACAAGGGGGCGAAAUUUUCAACCAAGGAUCGCGACAAUGAUGGGGCAUCCGCAUAUCAUUACGCUGAAUUAUACGAAGGCGCCUGGUGGCACGGUUCCUCUACUACAUCGAAUUUGAACGGUCCCUACAGGAAUACCAUAGAUGCAAAAACAAUUAAUUGGUUUUAUUUCAAAAACAUGCGCCUAGGUUUGAAGUUCUCCCGGAUGAUGAUCCGCGAAUUAUUACAGUGA